UACCGUCUGUAUCAACCCAAACUGUGAAGUGGACUCUAUAGGGCAAAGUUGUGAAAUUAGAGAGUAGCGAGUUAGUGGCAGAGUCUGUGUGCAGACAGGAAGGACGUGUAGUUAUAAGAAGGCAGAACACUUGUGGAGUACACGUUUUCAGUCGGUACGUCUACAGUUUGGUGGUGAGAUUUAUACUGAAAUGUCGGAAGGCUACGGUUAAACGACGUGUUAACGUGACACGGAGACUCUCGAAUACCGCAGCAUGGAUACCUCAGAUGCAGAGGGCGAGACGCACGGAGACAUGGCGGAGAACGAACGUCCGACCUCUGGCAUCUUUCCUCUCCUCCGGAUUCCUCGUCGGUCCCGUUAUCAAAACCAGGGACAAACACAAAAUAACGAUAAAACUAUCCAUGGGUGGUCGGUAAAAUUCUCGAAGUUUCCCGGCGAUCGAACAUUUGGGUACGCCGUCAUGUUCCCACAAGCCACCGCGGACUGUAUCGAGCAGCCGCUGAAGCUCCUCAAAACAAAGUUUAACUUCCAGGAACCGGGUCUGGUUGUGUCUGUGAUCGGCGAGCUGACAGAUGACCUCUCCCUACAGUGGACUAUGAACACUUUCCAAGACGCUCUCUCUCUUACCAUCAGGACUACCGGGGCCUGGACUCUCACAAACGGACUGGAUAACCAGCUGAACGUGAUCGUAGGUGACGCUCACAGGUCCAGGCGUUCAGAUGUCGUCCCAGCCGUUGGCAUUGUGCAGUGGGACGAACCGCUCCUGAGACGGACAGAGAACACACCGGCUACACUUCGUGACGAAAAGAAGCAGUAUCUCGUGACAAAUCAUUCUAUGUUUAUGUUCUUCGAGAAAGGUUUGAAUCGUCUGUCACCUCAACAAGAUCUCUGUAUUCGGAUGGAGAUAAUCCUCCUACAACGGGCACGCAUGGCAUUCCGCCCCCUUCCGGUUUGUAAAGUUGUUACUCGGCGGAAGUUUGUCUGAUCUUCAGAGAGUCCAGCAGGCGGUGGAGAAUAACAUCCCAGUCCUCGUGUUGAAGGGUACUGGAGGAGCCGCCGAUGUCUUGGCGGAAACAAUGGACGAGUUAGACGUCGCUUUUUCAGACAGUGAGAAGGACGAAGAACAUCAAGGGAAUUCUGAGGUGGAUAACACAACCGGAAGUAGACUAAAACUCCAGGCUAUCAAGACAGUGUCUUUCUGUCAAAACAAUCCCGAUCUGCUCUGGAAGAUCGACCUCAGUGACGUCACAACAGCGCCGUCUUUACAGAUCGCCAUUUUAAUCCGCCUUAAGAGGUCCUCGUUUGAACACCAAAGACAAGGUUUUUUUCAUUCCUGAGCUGGGAACAUGAUCUAUCUAGCCUUCAGACAUUGUCUCAAGCGCUUCUUCAAGACGUCGACAUGGACGCCUUGGUGACACAGAAACCCAAGCUGCUGGGUCACAUGCUGAAGAACGCUCUGUUUACGAGGCAUUUCCUCACCAAGAUCUUGUCCUUUCUGAAGAUCAGCCACAUACAAGCUUUGUAUCAGGAGUCUAAGGACGUCAUUUACCCUGACCCUACCACAGCCCCAUGGAAGGUGACGUUCCAAAAAAUCAAAGAACUUCUGAAGAGUCUAUAUCCUCCGCUAGAAUCCAUAGGAUUUUACUUCCACCGGUUAGGUGACAGCCCGUCUUCCUCCCGAGGAGAAAAUUAUUCACCUGUUUCUGUGGUCCGUCCUCAGUAACAGAGAGACCGUGUCCAGGGUAUUGUGGGAGAAGUUCCG